AUGGAGUUCUCGGAGCUGAUCAAGACGGCGACGGUGGAAAACGUGCUGCUGUCUUGUGCGGGGCUGCCGGCGGUGAAAGGCACCCUGUGCAUCCCCAGCCACCACCUCCUCCUCUCCUCCUGCCCCGGGGGGGAUGCCCAGCCCGGCACCCUGGAGCUUUGGCUGCUCAUCCGCAACGUGGACGCUGUGGAGAAGAGCCUGCCCAGCUCCUCCGGCACCAUCACGCUGCGCUGCAAAGACCUGAAGGUGCUGCAGCUGGAGAUCCCGGGCAUGGAGGAGUGUCUCAACAUCGCCAGCUCCAUCGAGGCUCUCUCCUCGGUGGACUCCGUGAUGAUGAUGUACCCGUUCUUCUACAGACCCGAGAGCCUGAAGCUGGAGGAAGGCUGGCACCUCUUCCCCCUCCAGCAGUACUUCCAACAGAUCUCCUCGCAGCCGUCCUGGCUCGGCCGGCAUCGCCCCGACGCCGCGCUCGCCCGCAGGGAGGAGGCCAGCGCGCUGGUGCACGGGGCGGAGGGGACGGACACGACCCUGCUGGUGACAGCGCUGGCACAGCUGAUCCUAGACCCCUCCUGCCGCACCCUGACGGGCUUCCAGGGGCUGCUGGAGCGGGAGUGGAUCCAGGCCGGGCACCCCUUCCACGUGCGCUGUGCCCGCUCCGCCUAUUCCCACGCCCGGCUGAAGCAGGAGGCGCCGCUUUUCCUCCUCUUCCUGGACUGCGUGUGGCAGCUGAGCCGCCAGUUCCCCUUCUCCCUGGAGUUCAGCGAACGCCUCCUCCUCACCCUCUUCGACAACGCCUACGCCUCUGCCUACGGCACCUUCCUCUGCAACAACGAGAAGGAGAGGUGCCUGUGUAAAGUGAAGGAGAACACACACUCCCUCUGGGCCUGGCUGAACCAGCCUGGGGAGAAGAAGAAGUACCUGAACCCUCUCUACUCACCCAACACCCUGGUCAUCUGGCCCUCCGUGGAACCCCAGAGCAUCCAGCUCUGGCAGGGCUUAUUCUUCCGAUGGAUCCGUUCAUCCCAGUACCUGGACGAGGCCUGGGCAGAGAUCCAGCAGUUAGUGGACACCAACGAAUCCCCCGUCAAGGAGAGCAGAGGGAACAGGCUGAGCAGAACCCUCUCCAGCCCUGCUGCUCCAAUGGAGAACAAAAGCUGA